AUGGACAUUCCUGAGCUGACCUUCGAGGAGAUGCUGGCUACGCUCACAGACUCCGCACCGAGCAACAACACACUCAACGAGCAGCAAAACGCUGGUCAACUCGCCUAUGCUGAUGAUUUUAACCACCAACAGCAAGCCUUCAACGCGCCACAAACCUUCAACACGCCGCAAGCCUUCAACACGCCGCAGAACAACGUCGCCAACAACUUCAACUUCCACACGCAGCGGAUCGAGAACGCGUAUGGCAACGUUACCCACAAUCACCAUCAGGUCACUCCUCUCCCAAUGCUCUCUCACUACAGUGACGAGGGCCUCGAGCUUGCAAUAGAGCAGAACAACCAGCGAACAGAUCGCGGCCUAAGAUCUUUCAACACGUUCCAGGCCGCUCCAGAUUUGCAGCACCACCACCAUGGCUUUCAAGGCCAAAACGAGCUCAUCAAUCAGCUAACUGCCGACGAAGCUGCAUCGUUUCUCAGCCCUACGCUGCAGCCAAAACCUUGGGCUGGGCAACAGGAGAGUGACUUCAACUUCAGGGCGGGAGGUCAAGGCCACCAUCAUUAUGGCCAGGACAACUCAGCCGCCUUCGAUCCUUUCUCUGCGAGUGCUCCGCAUCCACAAUGGAACGACCCGUCGACUUUCCCACUGAUGAACGACAAUACUCAGCAUCUCUUCACUAACACCCACGACGACUUCGCGCAGCAGGGCUUCAACAACGGGUUCAAUCAACGGUAUCCGGAGGAGUCAUUCAAUGCUGAGCUCGAGCGAGAUUGGAGCUACAAAGCACCUCCUGGACAAUUCGCGAGUGGCAUCGUUAAUCGAUUCAACCAUUCGGGUCAACAAGUAUCCACUCCCUCGCAGAGAACUGAUUCUGGGCGUGGUGUGGACAACUAUGACUUUGGUCUUGAUGCGAUUGAUGGCGCGCAGGAACUGAUCGUGCUCGACUCCGACUCGGACUGCGACAACGCUCCGGAACCUCGGACGGGUGACCACACACAGAGAGUUCUCCCUACCUGGGAUCCCUCGAUCAACGACAUCGACUCUGCGAACGCUUGGUUACAUGAGAACAAAGACGAGCUGAGGUUGAUGGAAGUCAAACGCGACGAUGCUGAGGAAGUUGCUGCCAAACUCCCUCAACAUGCGCGCGAGCUAUUCAACGCAUUGCAGGCACCAUAUCCACCUGCACCUCAGAAGUACCAUGACCGCAAAAACGGCGUCGAAUACUACAACAAUCAUCAGGACGGUGGUCUUAACAAGGUCAAUGAACUACUGACCGAGCCCGCGAGCAGCAAGAGAGUACAGUGCAACGCCUUCACCGUACUCCAGAUGGCUGUCGAUGUUCAUCGCAAAGGCCUCCCGAGCUCUCAUCUCGAAGAUGAGAGGAAGUGGAGAGCAGCGCCCUCGGAGUACAAGAUUCGCUGCUCGGAAAGAGUCAGACUGAUACUCAAAGCCGUUACGCAGAGCAAGGCACUCGCGCAUGUAGUCGCAGUCUGGAAUGCGCCCCGGGUCGAGAUGUUGGUUCGCAAUCCGCGAAAGUCCCUUCACUCUAGUUGGGAAGCCAUCUCGAGCAACCAGAACAAGAAGUCGAGAGCACGGCCUGCUAGACCUGCACGGUGUCAGUCAUCAACACCUGUUCCAGACCCAGCAACCUCACGCCGGCGAGCAAAGGAUGCACGCAAUUCGCAGCCGAAGGUGAUCUCGCUCUUGGAUACGGACGAUGAUGAAAACGCUCCGUCUAGUCGGUCUGCCUCAUCGAUGCGAUCUAAGCGCUCACGACCAGCUGAGAUUGACGACGACCAUGAGUCCCAUCUGCGAACAGUGAGGCCUCGGAAGAGACAACGAGCACCAGCCGACUUCUCUUCUGAGGGUAACUUCCAGUAA